AUGGCAGAGUACAAUAAGCUUUCCCAGGUUACUUUUAACCCCAUGAUCAGGGCUUGGCGUUUCAGAGUGCAACUACACAAGAUCUACCCUUACGCGAUUACCAACCAUGGGACUUACUAUAAGUAUAUCCUCGCAGAUGAAGAUGGAUACAAGAUGGAGAUGACCACUGGUGGGGAUUAUCCAAAUUUUAGAGGCCUUGAGAAGGAAGAGGGAAGAUGGGUGGAAAUCUUUGUGGUAGAAGUUGAACGGACCUACCCAGGUUUCCAGCCAACUAGCUCUCCGUUCAGACUAAAUGCUACGCGUUGUACGCAAGCCCGCAUCAUCGAACCUCUGAACAGUCGUCUUUUCUUGGACUUCAAAAGCAUCCAUGAAAUCCCUCGCAUGCACUGGCGUGACCUCAUAUAUCCCAUAGAUACAAUGGAAGUGCUCUUCAACACGGAAGCCUAUCUCGAUGCCCCUUCAAGACCAAGGAUGGAGUUUUACAUAAGGGACAACAUGGCAAAAUGGGAACUACGAAUAAAGAGGCCGUACCGAAGCGACCAUGACUCUUACCGUUGGGCUUUACGUUCUUACACGAGUUCGGGGAGUCUAUGUGUAGUUAGUGUCACGUGCGGUGACGUGGAACUCUGUCAAAAAGUUCUUGACUAA